UUCGAAGAACCGGCCGAACAUGAACGCCAAUUGUAAGUCAUGGCUGAAAAGCUUCGAUUGUUGCUUGAAACCGACGUCUGCGACCGAAGACUUGAUCCUGAUGAAAGUGACGUCGCUAAGAGUCACGUUGCUCAAGUUGGCCCCGACGCUAGGACAGCGGGUGCAUUUCGCGGAAGGCACGAACUUACGAUGCCGCGAAGAUCCUAUACCGUCCGAUUCGCAAGAAAGGUCAGCAAUUCACUACGGACUUGAAAAGCAUUUGUUCUUAUUUUUUUUACAAAUAAUGUUUGGGAGUCGACUACUUGUAGAAAGAAACACGAAUUCACCACGACCGCUCGGCGGCAUGAUAUACAAUUUUUAAAGCGUUGAAAUAUUCGGAGUGCAUCCGUUCAAAUAAAAAGAAAAAAAAGAAUAUAUAUGAAUAAAUAAAUACGUAAAUAAUUGAUCAUGUAUCAACACAGAAAUCCCAGAUACGUUGUACCAAAAAUAUCGCCAGCAAGUUUCUUUUCGUUACAAUCUCCUGAAUGAUUCUCGCAAGCGAUUGUAACAUUUACAAUCUUGGGAUCUAAUUCCGGGAUUCCACGUUAUCAAAAAUGCAUGAACACGCUCGCGUCCCUCGACAAUUACCGUAGCACGUCCCUCAUUUUUUUACCGUGUGAACCUCGCGAUUCCCGGCCGUACGCUGAUGUUAUCGCGCGCAUGGUCACGGCAUGUUCUCUGCGAGAGGUGAUCCGAUUGGAGGGCGCAUGUCUGAGGCGACGGGGGUGCACGGGGCAGACGGAGCGAGGGAGACGUGGAGGCACACGUACAAUCCCCGCGCGCUCUCACCCCUUUCGGCAUCGGUCAUCGACGAGCCCUGGCCGUCAGUCCGACCGGCAAUCUCGCCACGCCGCGUCGCGUCGCGUCGCGUCGUAUCGCACAACGGACAGGGUCGUCAGGGUCGUUCUUGCGUCUCUCCCGAGUCACAGAGCCUGCGCCAGGGACCUCGAGAUUCGUGAGCGCGAGGAAACUUCCGGGAAGCGAGGGAUCUGGGAAAACGUAGACGGGGGUGAGUUCGUUUCUCGCGCGAUGCGUAGGUGCUUCGCAGGGCCUCGACGCGCCCUUAGUUGAAGGAUACCGCGUUCGCGAGAGGGACGGAUCGCGCCGGUGGUAGUGAAGAGAUUGAGAGCGGUGCGCGCGCGUGAGAUGAAACGUGUUCCGUCGUCGUUGAUCAUACGUGCGGAUGGACCGACGUGGCGGAAGUCGUUCGUCUGAUCGUGCCUCGUUGCUGAAUGUUCGUUCCAGAGAGCGCCGGAUUCACCUAUUACCUAACACCCGGAAGAAAGCACGUCCCGCAGUUGGCGAUCCAUCAUGCCACAUCCGCACUACGCUUCUGCCACGAAACGAUUGUCCCCGCCCUAACAGGCUCCGAGAGAUCCCUGCUUUCGUCGCCGGAAAUCGUGACGUGCCGACAAUCGCUGGUAGCUUCAGCAGUGUGAUGACAUCGUAACCGAUGGAUCUUGAAGACUCUGGCGCGAUCCAAGUGUCUCGCGAGGGUUGACGUGAGGAUCAAUCGAUCUCUGGUUUCCGUCAGCGUAGUUCCAACGUCGUCUCAGGUCGCGUCCCCGCAGCUGUGCUCACGAUUUUCUAUUGGCGAGUAUCGAACGAACGUUGUCACGCGUCACCGAGUAAAUAAAUUCCGGUGCUGCAAAACUCGAUCGAUGGUGCCAGUCACUCAAGAGGAGAGCCUCGCUGUGAGGGCGGUACUAAAGAGAGAGCGAGAGGAAGAGGGAAAGUGACUGAGCGUGAACCGCCGAGGGUGGAUGCGAGGCAGAAACGCAAAAAAA